CACAUCGUAUCUACCAAACACCAAAAGGCUUAGGACAACAAGCAGCAUUUGUGGUUACUGAGAGCAGUGAAUUAAUAUGUAUUUAAAGGUUCUUCAGUUACGACAUCAAGUUAGUAGCAUGUGAGAGGGAAUGUGGCUUACCCUCUGUGUUCGAAAGAUCCAGCGGAUUUGUAAUUGGCGGUUUUGAAUCCACUGAAGGGCUUGUCAGUGUAUCCAGGAUUGGACUGGUCUCAGAGCUGAGCGGUUGAUGAAGACGUGCUUUGCACACAACUUCAAACACUUUGCCGUUCGCUCUUUUCUUUUUUGCCCGUAAAAUGCCAAGACUUCGUCCAUCACACUCUGGCCAUUUCAAACCAGGAGGCUCAUUUGGAAGGACGCCAGACCGCAGCCUUUCUAAUCUGCAAGUUCAGUCCAAUAAAUUGUGACAUAUGCUGUCAGCGUUGGAAUAAGAAAUCGAUACUCAAGAAAGGGACGCGAUAUCCGUUCGGAAUUUUAACGAUCUAUUUCCCUCUAUCUUUAAAACUAUGCGAAUUGGAGGUAGGUUGGAGUUGCACGGCUACGCGCAUUUUCAUCUGGAACAGUGCUGAUUGUGACAGAUUAUUGUUGUUGAGUGUCCAUGCAAGACUUGGGGUGGAAACAUGUCUGGCCACUUCUCUGAGAGGAUCACUGCUAUCAGAGAUGGCAUUUUGGUCCAGCACUUCGGUUUUUACCUCUAAAGUGCCCCGUAAAAUCUUAUUCAUGUUCACCCUCUCCCUCUCUGUCACCUACUUGUUCUAUAGCUUGAUGAGCUGUUACAACUCGUUGCAGUUCCCCUUGCAAGAAAACUACGUGUACCAAGGGAGGCUGGUGACGGAGGAGACAACUUUCGUUACAUUAAGGGAUAAACUUUAUUCUACAUCAUCCCAGGGCUUUAUCGACGAGGAACUGAUCGAAGCUACCGAUGCUGACAGAAAAAUAACAAUUACCACCGUCAAACAUAAUGUGGAAACCGAGCAAAGAACGUUGGAGUGGGUUAGGACUCAGGCGUCUCCAACUAAAGCCGCCUCGGUUUAUCACUCCACAGCGUUGGAGAGGGAACACCAGGAUAUUAGCACCACGGACAGCGAACUCAGGGUGAACUGCACCUCGGAUUAUGGGGAGAAAAAACUCCCCCAAGCCAUUAUAAUUGGAGUGAAGAAAGGAGGAACCAGGGCUCUACUUGAAGCUUUGAGGGUCCAUCCCGACGUCAGAGCCGUUGGAAACGAGCCACAUUUCUUCGAUAGGAACUAUGAAAGGGGACUAGACUGGUACAGAGACCUGAUGCCUUCAACACUGGAGGGACAGAUCACAAUGGAGAAGACACCAAGCUACUUUGUGACUAACCACGCCCCCAAGCGUAUCCACUCGAUGGCCAGGGACAUCAAGCUCAUUAUAGUGGUCCGAAACCCAGUCACCAGAGCCAUUUCAGACUACACACAGACUCUGUCCAAAAAACCUGAGAUCCCUACCUUUGAGGUUCUGGCCUUCAAGAACCGGACGCUGGGACUGAUAGAUGCAUCGUGGAGUGCAUUGCGUAUUGGGAUCUAUGCACUCCACUUGGAGAGCUGGAUGCAGUACUUCCCUCUCUCCCAGAUGCACUUUGUCAGUGGAGAAAGGCUUAUUGUUGAUCCUGCGGGCGAGAUGGCCAAGGUGCAGGACUUUCUUGGACUCAAGAGGAUUGUCACGGAUAAGCACUUUUACUUCAACAAAACAAAGGGAUUUCCUUGUCUAAAAAAGCCAGAAGACAGUAGUACCCCCAGGUGCCUGGGCAAGUCUAAAGGGAGAACUCACCCUAAAAUUGACCCUGACGUUAUUAGACGACUGCACAAGUUCUUCAAACCCUUUAACAUGAUGUUCUACCAAAUGACUGGCCAAAACUUUGAAUGGGAGCUUGAGGAGGGCAGUGACUCGAAUGUCUCUCGGGACUAGCAGACUGCCGCUCGGCACAGCACACCACCAGCCUUCUCAAUUAAACAACUAGUGUCCCCUUCAUCCUUGGAGCGAGUGCUUGAGCACGUCAAUCAAUCAUGGCUGUCUUUGCUAAGUGUGUGUAUCCAUAGCAAAAAUGUACUGACAUGCUUUUUUUUCUCCUCCAAUACUAAGUCGUUGACGGUGGAAAACAUUAUUGUAUAUAUUAUACAUAAAAUAUAUUUAUAUUUGUGAAGAGGAGAUGAUUUUAUUGCUUUUGUUUUCAAACAUAGAGCUGAUAUAUAAAUCAUGUUGACUAUGGCGAUGCAUGCGAUGAGUUAAGUGUCCUUACCUCCUGAGCCCUAAGGGCAAACUCCGCCUGUUUCUUCUCCCUUUACUUAUCAUUGCAGUUUGAUGCCCUUGCACCCACUCACCAGCAUACAGUGCAUUCAUUCACCUCAGGUGACUGAGGGCAUGAAGCACUGUGCUGGAUUUAUUUAGACACUUUCCCAUCCUAUUGUAGAGAAAUAAGGGGAGAAGUUAUUGUCUCAACGUACAACAGUCUCUUGACAUGCACCUAUGUUCUAUUUGAAGUUCUGUGUUUGUAUUCAAAAUGGACACAGCCCCUUUUGUCAAUCUAAGUUUACCAAAGCAUACCUUUAAUUUCCCCAGAAUCUAUAUGUUCUCUGCGGUCAUAAAUUACACAAACCUUUAACAUAGGUGGGUAGAUCAUACUAUUCAGUCGUGUUUUUCAUAACUUGUCUUAAUUUUGGAAAAAGCUUGCAUUCCAAUGAAGACUUCACCUGCCACUCAAAUGGUUUUGGCAUUCAUUUAAAUAUGUCCCAUAAAUAACUAAGGAUUACUGUGCAUUCAGAGAUGUUGGAUCCUUCAGAAAAACCAAGAUCACGGUUUGAAAUAUUAAUUGAUAAAAAUACAUUAUUGCUUUAUCUACAGUACUGCACAGAGGAUAGGUAUAGUGUACACUGAUACUUUCUCUUUAUCCCAUUCAAGCCAUUCAAGUGAACAGGGGUGGAGAACAACACUGGUGGAUCAACAGAAGGGUGUUAGCAAACAUCUGCUAAUGCAUUCUUCUGUCAUCAAAGAUAAAGUGGCUGUUAAGUCAGCCUGUCUGUGGAACAUCCAUGUCAAUGUCAAAAUGGGCUGCAGAUUAACGCUUUAUGCACAAGUUUACCCAGUAAACUGCGUAACCAUUAAGACUGCAUGUAUCUAACGCGAAUUAAUAUGUCAGUUAAGGAAAAAUGCUUUUUAAUGCAAUUGGCAUACAUGGUACAAGAAAUACAACAGGGUUUAAAUGAAUUUCUGCAUAAAUGUUACUUUACUUGUGCUUUACAACAUGCUAUAACAGGGGUCCAUGGAACCAUGCAUUGCUUGCUGUGCUUCUGUCUGCUGUCUCUGGACUUUUCAUCAAUUGAGACAAUCAAUACAGUCAAUGAGUCAAUAAACACAGCCUUCUACACAUCAGUGGUUUGCACAGCUAUGAUGCACUACAAUUGUAACCCUCUAUGUGUUCUGGCCAUGCAAGGCUGGACUGGUUCACACUCUGCAAGCCUCUCUGUUACCCAGGAGAGGCCGACUCAGGCAGCUAGUUACACAAAGCGAUUGAUUCAAUCAAGGUAAGCACUGUACUGCCCUUUGUAGCAGCGAGCCUGAACACUUACCUCUGAGUCUCACUAUCAAACAGUCACACCUUCCACUUUGAGCCAGCUCACUGUUGCCAACCACCAGUUUCUCCCUCAGAAGGCUCCUUCCUAGGAACACACCUCAGAUAAAACUCCUCACUGUUGACCUUUGGCAGCCUGGUUAACAGAAUGGCGUGUAUGUUUUUAAGCAUAUAUAGUUUCUCCAUUUAUAGUAGUGAAUGUUCCUUAUUAACAUAAUACAGGCAAACAUAAUGAUACUUUCAAAACGUGCAACAUUUGUUUUAGAAACUAGAGGUGACCAACCUUUAAUAAAAAAAUCCUAAUGACCACAAUUAACAAAUGGACCUGGUUAAAUCUACAGUCCUCUAGAGUGAAGUAUUUAUCUUUUUACAUGUUUAUUCAGUCAGCCUGCUGAAACUGUUUUGCUUGUUUUGCAUGAAAAAAAAACUCAUAUGCAAACAUGCAUAUUUUUGCAACCCAAUAGAUAAUUGUAAGCCAUGCAAUUAUAAUAUAAAUACCAAUCACAAUUC